AUGUCUUCUUCCUCCUCUCAGUCACGCACUAUCGGUCUUCUCUGUUGGUCAUCUUCUCGGGUGUUGGGCUUUCCUCGUUGGGACUAGAUGUCGUCGUCCCCGUUCCCGUCUCGAUCCGCGAUCUACUCCCACCUCGGAACCAUCCCGGGGUCGCCACUACUGCGGUCAUCGACGAUCGUUUAUGUACCGGCCCCCUUCUUCGGCGGGAUCGGGAGGGGGCGGCGACGCUCCCGUAGAUCGAUCUCCGUGAGGAGCGUCGCCAGCGAUCGGGAGGUGAAGGAUCCAGUCGCGGAAGGCGGUGUUGCAAGUGCCUUGAACUAUUCUGCAUAUAACGCCUCCACUGUAGCAUCAAGUAUCAAGUAUCAUGCUGAAUUCACACCCUCAUUCUCUCCUGAACUUUUUGAGCUUCCCAAGGCAUACAUUGCUACUGCAGAAAGUGUUCGUGAUGCAAUAAUAAUAAACUGGAAUGCCACUUAUGAGUACUAUGAAAAGAUGAAUGUGAAACAGGCCUACUAUCUCUCCAUGGAAUUUUUGCAGGGACGAGCACUGUUAAAUGCAAUUGGUAAUCUAGAGCUAACAGGCCAUUAUGCAGAUGCAUUGAGACAGCUUGGACACAAUCUUGAGAAUGUUGCCGAGCAGGAACCAGAUGCUGCACUUGGCAAUGGUGGUCUAGGACGUCUAGCUUCAUGUUUUUUAGAUUCCUUGGCAACAUUGAAUUAUCCAGCUUGGGGAUAUGGACUAAGAUACAGAUAUGGUUUGUUUAAGCAGAACAUCACAAAAGAUGGUCAGGAGGAAGUUGCAGAAAAUUGGCUUGAGAUGGGAAAUCCCUGGGAAAUUGUACGAAACGAUGUCUCAUACCCUGUGAAAUUUUAUGGCAAAGUGAUCAUUGGUUCAGAUGGAAAGAAGCAUUGGAUUGGUGGAGAGAAUAUAAAAGCCGUUGCCUAUGAUGUACCAAUACCUGGGUACAAGACUAAAAGCACAAUCAACUUGCGCCUCUGGUCAACAAAAGUACCAUCAGAAGAUUUUGAUUUGGCAGCUUUUAAUGCUGGACAUCAUGCCAAAGCUUCUGAGGCACAACAAAAUGCUGAAAAGAUAUGCUAUAUAUUGUAUCCUGGAGAUGAGUCUAUGGAGGGAAAAAUUCUUCGUUUGAAACAACAGUAUACACUUUGUUCAGCCUCUCUUCAAGAUAUCAUUGCAUGUUUUGAGAGGAGAUCUGGAAAUUCUGUUAAUUGGAAAGAAUUUCCUACAAAAGUUGCAGUCCAAAUGAAUGAUACUCACCCUACACUCUGCAUUCCAGAGUUAAUGAGGAUACUGAUUGAUGUGAAAGGUUUGACCUGGAAUGAAGCUUGGAAAAUUACACAGAGAACCAUGGCAUAUACAAACCACACAGUUCUUCCUGAAGCUUUGGAGAAGUGGAGUUUGGAGCUGAUGCAGAAGCUACUUCCGCGACAUGUUGAGAUCAUAGAAAUGAUAGAUGAGGAGUUGAUCAACUUCAUCAUCUUAGAAAAUGGAAAAGAAGAUCUCGUGCUUUUGGAGAAGAAAUUGAAAGAUACGAGGAUCUUAGACAAUGUUGACUUUCCAGAAUCUGUUCAGAAAUUGUUUUAUAAACCAAAGGAAGAAACCCCAAAAGAAACUUCAGAAGCAACUUUGAAAGAGACCCCCCAGGGAACUUCAAAAGAAUCCCUGAAAAAAACUUUGAAAGAAACCCGAAAGGACAUCCCUAUUAAACCUAAACAAGCACCACUAGGGAAACCUCUAAAGCCUUCUGGUGUGCUCCUGGAUGAAAAAGCUGAGUUUGAGGAAGUUGAACCAGAGGAAGAGGAUUCUGAAGGUGAAGAGCCAUCCUUUUGGAAGUCAAAUCCAAAAUUACCUAAGAUGAUUCGUAUGGCUAAUCUUUGUGUUGUCGGCGGACAUGGGGUGAACGGGGUUGCUGAAAUUCAUAGUGAGAUUGUUAAACAAGAUGUUUUCAACAGUUUCUACAAGUUAUGGCCUGAAAAGUUUCAAAACAAAACAAAUGGUGUGACUCCUCGGCGCUGGAUUAGGUUUUGCAAUCCUGAACUCAGUAGUAUAUUAACUAAGUGGAUUGGUACGGAUGAUUGGGUUCUGAACACUGAGAAACUCGAAGAACUUAGAAAGUUUGCUGACGAUGAGGAUCUCCAUUCAGAGUGGAGAGCUGCUAAAAAAAGCAACAAAAUGAAGGUUGUUUCACUCAUAAGACAGAGAACAGGCUAUAUUGUCAGCCCAGAUUCGAUGUUUGAUAUUCAGGUAAAACGGAUCCAUGAAUAUAAGCGUCAACUGUUAAAUAUCCUAGGAAUUGUCUACCGCUACAAAAAAAUGAAAGAAAUGACUGCAGAAGACAGAAUAUCCAGUUUUGUUCCUAGGGUCUGCAUAUUUGGUGGUAAAGCCUUUGCGACAUAUGUACAGGCGAAGAGAAUAGUAAAGUUUAUCACUGAUGUUGGGGCUACUAUAAAUCAUGAUCCAGAUAUUGGAGAUCUACUGAAGGUUGUUUUCAUUCCCGAUUAUAAUGUCAGUGUUGCUGAGAUGCUUAUACCGGCUAGUGAGUUAUCUCAACAUAUCAGUACCGCCGGGAUGGAAGCAAGUGGAACUAGCAACAUGAAAUUUGCAAUGAAUGGCUGUAUUCUGAUUGGAACCUUGGACGGAGCCAAUGUUGAAAUAAGAGAAGAAGUCGGAGAAGACAACUUUUUUCUCUUUGGUGCUCGUGCACAUGAAAUUGCUGAUUUAAGAACAGAAAGAGCAGAAGGAAAGUUUGUGCCAGACCCACGAUUUGAAGAGGUCAAGAAAUUUGUCUGUAGUGGCGUCUUUGGACCUGGUGAUUAUGACGAGUUGAUGGGAUCCUUGGAAGGGAACGAAGGAUUUGGUCGUGCAGAUUAUUUUCUUGUUGGCAAGGAUUUCCCCAGCUACCUUGAGUGCCAAGAGAAGGUUGAUGAGGCAUAUCAAGACCAAAAGAGAUGGACAAAAAUGUCAAUCUUAAACACAGCUGGCUCCUACAAAUUUAGCAGCGAUCGGACAAUUCAUGAGUAUGCAAAGGACAUCUGGGACAUAAAGCCUGUCGUCUUGCCAUGAAAGACGUGCAUUCUGCCGCUAUUUUUAGUUGUGAAGCUGCAAUAACUAUCUCGACGUAGAGGUCAACCGUCAUCCCAAUCGUCUUUUAAAGAGGGUGGCAUGCGUAUCAGUUCCCACGGAGAGGAUACGUACGUAGUCAAAGGUGAUUCUGUAGCCCGCGGCGUCCAAAGCGAGCAAGAUCACCUAAGCAAGCAAUAAAAUGAGGGUUGACAUUAGUCCACGGUAGAUCGAUCGAUCAUGUGGACAAUAAUUAAUGUUCCUUGUAUAAUGCUGCAGUCGGGUUAUGGUUCUGCUUACCUGCUGCCGUUGUUUUAUGUUUAAUCCUAUUAAUGAAUGAAUCUUCUUUCCGCAUAACAA